ACCUCAGGUCUUGUGUGCAGGACCACUGAACAGCAGCAGCGUUUCCAUGAGAUCUGCAGCAACCUGGUGAAGACACAGCGUCGCGUGGUGGGCUGGUGGAGGCGCUCCUGUGCUCUCAAGGAAGAGAAACCUAAGAUGUAUUUUGUCUCAAUGAUCAGUGGUUUGCUGGUAGUGGCUUGGAUUGGGCAGCAGGUCCACAACCUGCUCCUAACCUACAUAAUUGUGAGCUUCCUGUUGCUUCUCCCUGGUCUAAAUCAACAUGGCAUCAUCACCAAGUACACAUCCAUGGCAAAGAGGGAGAUAAACAAACUGAUGAAACACAAGGAGAAGAAAAAUGAGUGAGUUGGACCAAAGUGUAGGUCACGAGAGCAAAUAAGAGAACAACCACACCACCAAAUGACAGGAGGAAGUUAGAAAAGAGAAGACAGUCCGUUUCCUGAGUCUGCUGUUUGUUUAGGGUUUU